CAGCUGAGCGGCGGCCCAGGCGCACGUGUCAGAGGGAAAGGAGACUUCGGCGGUGUCGGACGUGGCGUUGAUUGUUCGUUCAUGAAUAUUAUGUCAUAGGACCGCCCGAAAGAAUAGUGAAGGGUUGAGGUAGAAAUCUCAAGGGUGGAUCUUUGUGACGAAAGGAAGGUCUGUUUGUAUGAUUUCGUGUAGUAGGAGCGUCGGCGGGCGAGUGUUAAAGCUGCAGAGGAAUCAUUUUCAUCAGAACGUUUCCAAACUUCGUGAGAUAUCCAGUGGCAAAGUUACACCAGGGAAGAUGGUUUCUACAAACAAAUCUGUUGCAUUUUGCUGGUUAAGGAAUGAUCUUCGAUACCAUGAUAAUGAGAUCCUGACAAAGGCAAAUAUCAAUGCAGAUCAUGUGGUCCCAGUCUACUGCUUUGAUCCAAGGCAUUUCAAGGGCACCUAUCACUUUGGAUUUCCCAAGACAGGACCUCAUCGUGCAAAAUUCCUGAAGGAGAGUGUAGAGGACUUAAAGGCAACACUAAGGAACAGAGGAAGUGACCUGAUUGUGAGAUUUGGUAAACCAGAAGAGGUGCUGCCUUUCCUGAUUAAGUCUGUUGCUGCUACUACCUCCCAUCUGGUAUUUCAAGAAGAGGUAACGAAAGAGGAGAAGGAUGUUGAACGAAGUGUACGUGACAGGUGCAAGGAUGCAGGUGUUAAUGUUCACUCCUUUUGGGGUGCCACUCUGUAUCACAAGACAGAUCUGCCAUUCCCCAUUGAUAAAGUCCCAGACACAUACACCAACUUCCGUAAAGCAGUUGAAGCCCAGAGCCGAGUCCGUGGCGUGUGUAAUAUGCCCGACAAGUUGAAACCAUUGCCUGAGAAUCUCGAUGUGGGGGAAAUUCCCACACUUUCUAAGCUAGGAGUAGAAGAAUUGCCCAUGGACCACAGAACUGCUUUCCCCUUUGCUGGAGGAGAGACAGCUGGUCUAGCAAGAGUCAAGAAUUACCUCUGGGACACCAACAAUGUGGCCAACUACAAGGAGACAAGAAAUGGUCUCCUGGGUGAAGCUUAUUCCACAAAGUUCAGUCCAUGGCUAGCACAUGGUUGCUUGUCUCCACGUUACAUCUUUAACGAAAUCAAGAAAUACGAGAGCCAAAGAGUUGCCAACAAGAGCACAUAUUGGGUGAUAUUUGAAAUGAUCUGGAGAGACUAUUUUAGAUUUGUGUGCAUGAAAUUUGGAGACAGGGUGUUUUACCCCUCUGGCAUCAUGGGAAAGAAGGUCCAGUGGAAACGGAAUGCUCAGCUCUUUGAGAUGUGGAAAGGUAAGGUUAAGGAGAUUGUAAUAGGAAUUCUGGUUUAUGGUGUGGGUGGCCUUUGCUUGUGUUAUUUACUCUUUGAUUUUUGCCUCUUUUAGCUUGACCAUGACGUGUGCAGUAACUAUGGCAACUGGAACUAUGCAGCAGGCAUUGGAAAUGACCCAAGAGAAAACAGGAAGUUCAACAUGAUCAAGCAAGGAUUGGAUUAUGAUCCUGAGGGUAACUUUAUACGUGUAUGGGUCCCAGAACUCAAGAACAUUAAGAAUGGAAGAAUCCACACCCCGUGGAAGAUGAACAUUGCAGAAUUAACAAAUGCUGGAGUUUCCAUAGGCGAAGACUAUCCCAAACCUGUUGUUGUAGCACCAGAAUGGGGACGCCAUGAUCACAAAAUGAACAACAGCAACAGCAACAAGAAACAAAAAGGCAACUGGAUGCCACCAGGCCAGAAGCGCGGAAUAGAUUUCUAUUUCAGUGGAAAUAGAAAGUAACUCGUAGAUUCUACUGUAUUGUUUUAUUUAUAUAUUUUAUUUAUAUUUUUUUAUUUAUUGUCUUGAUAUAUUUGGUGUACCUUUAAUUGUUUAAUUUUUUUGAACAAUAAAACCCCAUCUUAUC